AUGUUGGUUGUAUUGCUAAAGUAUGAUGAGGGGAGAGGGUCUGGCUAUGUGAGACUACAGUUCAGCUUGGUUGCUGUUCACACGGUGAAGGGCAGCCAAGCUGAACCAAAUGGUGCUGGCAUUGCUGAUGGAUUAACACCUUUGCAUCUUUCCUGCUCAACAAUAUUAUUCUGUCAUGAUAGUCAUCUGCCAAUUUUCAAGUUGUUGAUAUCAUCAGGAGCUGAUUUGUCAGCAGUGAACAAGAGAGGACGAACACCAUUACAAGCUGCAGAAGAAUGGUUGCCAAGAGAUUCUGGUCCAAGUAAAGAAAGCCGUUCUCGUAUUAUUUCCCACAUAAAGGGAUUAGAUGAGAAUAGAUCUGUUGCAGCUGGAAACUCAGCAUCAAGCUUCACAGAUAGUACAACUGCAGUUGCUGACAAUGAUCAUCCAAGUGCUAUUGAUCGUCUUGGUCCAACUGUUAGGGCUGAUUAUGAAGUUGCUGUGAAAAAAGGGAAGUUGCCAAUAAUGCGAGGAAACAUUGACAUGCUUGGUGAAGAAGAUGCAGGCAAGACGACAUUGGGAGAUGCUUUUCUAGAUCAGCCAUUUGUAGAGAUGAGGGAAAGUACGGUAGGAGCAAACGUGAAAGUGAUGAGAAUGGGAGGCGGUCCAAACACGAACUGGAAGGAACUGAAACCAAAAGAGAAAGAAGAGAUCAUUGAUCAAGUUCUUGUCAGAGGCUUUCUUGCAUCUGUUGAAAGCCAGCAACAAAUUGAGGCAACAGAGGAAACAAAGCAAGUGACAAAAGAUGACAAUGGAGAGGAUGCUGUUGGAGAGAUCAUCCAAGAAGCAGAACAGCAGCCAGCAGGUAGUACCAACACGGUAGCUUUACCAACAGCCAGACAAGCAACUAGUAAAGACGGCAACACAACAGAGUUGAGGAAGCCACUACACGAUUUGUGGUUUUCUAAAGAAUUAACCGAGGAGCAAGCAAAGUUAGCAGAGAUGCUGUGUCGUGACAAGGCUGCAUUAAUGGAAAGUGAAAAGAUGAUGUUGAUCACAGUGUGUGAUCGUGGCGGUCAAGAGCAGUUUCUGAUGACACACGCAGCAUUGAUGGCAGACAACAGUCAGCACAGUGCAACCGCUUACAUGAUAGUGAUGGAUGGAACAAAGAGUCUUGCAGAUGCCAUACCUCAUUGUUUGUUCCGACCAGAACAAGGAAGCGAUCAGUUGGUCAUGCCACGUUUUGGCCCUACGACAAGACGUGAGCUGUUGGCUUACCACGUGAAUGCCAUCAAGAUGGCACAUCCAGUAGUGGGUUGUGGUCCUUUUCUUGGUCAGGGCUUUAUUGAUCAAGCACCAGUUACAUUCGCCAUUUCGACAAGACAAGACGAAACAAAGGACAUGGAUCCAAAAUUCUUAGAUGAACAAGAAGAAAUAUUGCAAGACGUUGUACAGAAGAACAAGUUUGGUGGUCACAUGGUGUUGGCGGAGAAAAACCCAAAUAGACUGACUUUUCGUGUUGACAACACACGAUCAGGCACUGGCAGUCCGGAUCCAGUGCUAAUGAAGGUGAAGGAGAUAUUUGUAGCAAUGGUGCGGUCACUGUGGAGUCAACGAGAUGCUAUUCCUUUGCCGUGGGCAGUUCUCGAUAAAUUGUCAGUUUGA